AUGAGUUUGGUGAAGAUCCCUUUCAUCAUGGCUUCGGCCAUCGGCAUACAUUGUUCGUUCACUUCUCCUUCUCAGCCACCAUCAAAAGAAGAGAAAGUAGUACCUUCCACCUCCUUGGAAUUCUUCAUCAGACGGGUCCUCGAACUCCAUGGUUUAGAUUUCUUAAAGGUGUGUUACUCCUAUACACCUGUGGGCGUCUGGUUUAUUGCUGGAUAA